UAUAUAUAUAUAUAUAUCUUCAUUAAUGAACUUCCUCAUAACGUCUUCUUAAUCAACAAUUAUUGAUAGCUUUUAUAGUAAUUAGGACAUAACGAAUAUUAUAUCAGGAGUAAAUUUGAAAAUGCCGCCAUUGACAAUUAAUCCAAUCAAAAAAUGAUGUGCACGUUAACAGAAAAAUGGCUGUCGGAGUUGUAAGCAUGUUACAUUACUUAUAAAAAGCGAUAACUUAAAGGUUCUUUAAAUUAGUUAUGAGAAAUAAGUGAAUAAAAAGUUUUACAAUGAAGUUUUUGAACGUUUUUAUACUUGUGUUUGUGAUAAUGACAAAGUCGCACGCCGAUAAUAAACAGCCUACAGUUUUAGUGUCGAUUUUGGCUAGAAACAAAGCUCAUACUUUACCUUACUUUUUAUCUAAUUUUGAAGCUCUAAAUUAUCCUAAGGAUCGAAUGGCUUUGUGGAUUAGAAGCGACCAUAACGUGGAUAAUAGUUUGGAUAUUUUACGGCAGUGGAUCUCUUCAGUAAAAAACAAAUAUCAUUCUAUUGAUACUGAAUUUAUUGAAGGUCUUACACAAUAUUCCAAUGAGUAUGGACCAGCACAUUGGACUAGCGAGCGAUUUCAACAUAUAAUUAAUCUAAGAGAAUCCGCUCUUAAUUUUGCAAGGAAAAUUUGGGCUGAUUAUCUAUUUACUAUAGAUUGUGACGUGUUUUUGGUAAACCCCGAUACUCUGAAUUAUUUGGUUUCCAAAAAUUAUACUGUGGUCGCACCGAUGCUCAGAUCUGAUAGUCUCUAUUCCAAUUUUUGGUAUGGUAUGACUGAUGAUUAUUAUUAUCAAAGAACAGAUGAAUAUACACCUGUUUUAUAUAGAGAAAAUCUAGGAUGUUUCGCUGUACCAAUGGUUCACACUUGUGUUCUCAUAGAUUUAAGGAGAUUAGAGUCUGAUUCUUUAACCUACGUUCCUUCCAAAGUAGAAAAUUUCGAUGGACCAAAUGACGACAUAAUCACUUUUGCUAUAAGCGCGAAUAGAAGUGACAUAACUUUAAAUAUUUGCAAUGAACUGAAAUUCGGGUAUUUAAUGUUACCUUUGGAACAAAAUGAUGAACUGAGUCUAGAUUAUGAUCAAUUAACUAAUAUCAAAUUAGAAGUUUUAAAUGAAAUGAACACUCUUUACGUUAACGAUCUUUUAAAAAAGUUCGUCAGGGAUGUACCGAAAAAAGAUAUGUUAGGUUUUGAUAAAAUAUUUAUGAUUAAUUUAUUGAGGAGACCAGAAAGAAGAAAGAGGAUGAACGCUUGUUUUGACGAAAUUGGGAUUCAAGUAGACAUUUUGGAUGCAGUUGACGGAAAGGCAUUGAAUGAAAGUUUUUUAGAAAAACUCAAAUUUAUGCCUGAAUUUUCAGAUCCCUAUCAUAAAAGACCAAUGAAGUUGGGAGAAAUUGGUUGUUUCUUGAGUCAUCUAAACAUAUGGAGAGAAAUUGUUGCAGAAAAUUACCAAACAACAUUAGUACUAGAAGACGAUAUUCGAUUUGAACCCUUCUUUAGACACAAAGUCCAAAAUGUGAUGGCAGAGGUUAGGAAGCUACCAGAUUGGGAUUUAGUAUAUUUUGGUAGGAAGCGAUUGCAAGAAAGUGAGGAACCUUGGGUGGAGGGUACUAACUUCCUUGUUCACGCCGGUUACUCAUAUUGGACUUUGGGAUAUGUUUUAAGUUUUAAAGGUGCAAAGAAGCUUCUCGAGGCAGAUCCUUUAACGCGCUUGGUUCCUGUAGAUGAAUAUUUACCAAUUUUAUUCGAUAAACAUCCACAGGAAUCAUGGAAAGGACACUACCCAAGAAGGGAUUUAGUGGCAUUUUCAGCUGCUCCACUUUUAAUUUAUCCCACUCAUUAUACUGGCGAAAAAGGAUACAUUAGCGAUACCGAGGAUUCGGUAAUUGUUCCUGAGAUAUUAAGAUCUACAAGGGAGGAUCUUUAAAAAAACCCUAGCUAGUAACUUAUGAAUCAGAAAUCAUUGGAGUUGUUCUAAUUACUUUCUGCUUUAAUCUGUGUUAAAUUUGUGGUCAAAAUUUAAAUAAAAAAUUGAAUUUUUUGAAAGAUAAGUUUCAAUUGAAUAAUAAUCAGUCUAAAUCAGUACAAACAGCUUGAUAUAAUUCUCCUCUACUCUCAAAUGAAUUUAUUUUCUUAUAUAUAGUACUUUCUUUAGCUUUUGUUAUAGCUAAUUAAUUAUAUUAAUUUGGAGCACAUUGUAUAUGAAGCAACUAGUAUUAAUUUAAACCUGCAAUAAGAAAUGGUUUGAUUCAUGUAAUUUAGAAAUAUUAUUUCCUCUUAAACAUGUACAUAACACAAUUUCAUUUUUUUAUAUAAUUAAAUGCUUCAUAUAGUUCUCAUUUGAAGAAAACUACGGAUUUUGCAUUUAGGAUUCUUUUGUCUAAUUAUUUUAUCAUUUCGACCACAAUUUUAGCUUUAUGAAUACACGUUGUAUACUAAAGCCAAACCAAAUAGUGCCUGUGUAAUAUUAGUAAUUAAGAUAUAUGCUUUUGUUUUUAUUAAAAAUUUUAUAGGGUGGGUCACAUGUAAAUAUUUUAAUCUAUUCUUGGGGUUCACGAGUCAUGCGGAUUACAUUUUUGUCCUUGUGACGCGAGCGCCAUCUAGCGGUCAGAUACGACAACUGGGUGUCGGCCAUAUUGCUGAUGCGUAUUUCUUAAAGAAAUCAGGGUGAAAAUAGCAUCAUACCUUCGUCUUUCAAUUCUUUUAAAGAAUUAUUGAAAGAUGGUGAACCAUACUCAUAGGACAGAUAAAUACCUUGUCAGACUAAAAAUUUCUUUCAACAAUCCGCCCAUAUAUAUUAAUUGCUAUUUAACAUUACGUCAAAUUUCAUUUUUUAGUCUUCGCAUGACAUCGUAAGAUGGGGGAGACAAAAAAAAGAUAGUGGUAAGCCCACGUGAGAAGAAUGGAAGUGAGUAGACUACCACGCAUCGUAUUUGAAAGGAAAUCCAUAGGGAAAAAAGUACUCGGAUGACCGCCUAAGAUAUAGAUGGACAGCUGGCAUUCCACCUCCCAGGAACUGAUACAGAGGAACCUGCAAAACUAACAGAUCAUGAGAUCUUAAAAAUGAAUAAAAAAACGCACAAUUAUCAAAAGCCUAGAUUGAUGGAAAGAAGUGUGAAGUAUAGUACCAAGGACUAAUUACCCAUAUUGCUUUUUUUACAUCUACUCUACACGGAUCAUCAAUCUAUAUUCCCGAUAGAAAGUUCAACAUGAAUAUAAUCGAGAAAAUUUUGGAUUUUUCCCACAGGAAAUAAUGAGGUUGACAAGACUGCGUAAGCUCCGUGAAAUAUUGAAAUUUCAAAGAUGAUCUGAGACCCUGAAUUUAUUAGUUUGAUAUCUAAAAAAAAUUUCAUUUCCUCCUAUGAACGCAAGACAUAAAUUUCAGCAGGGAAAUUGAAAUCAAGAGGAAAGAAACAAACACUAUUCAAUUUUAUGUUGUUUCAUCGAAUGAAAAGGUCUAGGGACACACAUAAAAUGAUUUAGGAGAAUUGAAAGCACUGAUAGUGAGAAAAAAAGUUAUUCCGACACCAAGAUAAAAUAUGAUAAGAUCUAAAUCCUAAUUCCAGACGAAUAAAAGAAAAUAAUAACACUAUUGUGCCACAUGCACAACAAGUGGAAUACAAACUAUGUUCCCCUGCCAGCAUUUUCACACGAGGAGGAAAUAUAAGAUUAGUGGUGAGGAAAUUGUGAGCUUCUAAACUCCUGUAUUUCCUCAUAGCUUCUUUGGUCGUGAAGUUCAUGCCGAAAUCAAGAUACUCCAGUCUGUAAUUCGGUCACGCGUGGCCACUGGUCCUCAUCUUCCUCAAUAUCUUCGUAACGUAGCUCAAACGAGUCACACCUACACUCCUGAACUUUAUUUUGAGCGCUUACGGUUAUGAUGAGUCAUGAUGAGAAGUUCUCACUAUAUCCUUUCAAAAAGAUAUGCUUCAUCAAACAACAAUCACUAGCAAUGCUCCGAUAUGUCCUCUCUCCUUGAAACGCAUCAACAAUAUGGUUGACGUUUUGUUGUCAUAACUAUUCAAUAGAUGGCGCUCGCGUCGCAUCGACUCGUGCACCUCAAGGAUUGCCUUUUGAACAAAACCAAUUAAUCGAAUAAUAUUUUUUUAUAUAAAGAAAUAUGAAUUUUGAUAAUUUUUCUAUGGAAGAAUUGAUGAAAAGUGCCAUACACGUUUUAUUUAAUGUAAUAAUAAUAUUUAAUUUUAUAUCUGCAAUUUACAUUUAUCCACCUUGUAUCGAUACUAACCUUAAGAUUAACUAAAAAAUAUCCUGUUAUAAUUUAACAACAGAAUUUCUCACUCUACAUACUAUUCUGCAACUCUAUUGUCGAAUGGGACGUGACAACACGGUAUUAUUUUUGUUUAAUUCAAUCCACAUUUUUCAUUCUUGGCCAUUAUUAUAGUCCUUGUAAAUUUGAUUUUCUGGGAUCGUUGGUGAUAUUCAUAACAAAAUCACCUAUCAAAAUAUCAUUAGAAGAAUAUAGGCCUGAAAUGUAUUUUAAUUACAAUUAUUGAAUAAUCUACUCAUUUAUAACUUUUCAUAAGUAAGAACGAAUAAAUUAUUAUUCUAUUAACUGUUCUUCCAAUCAUAAGGAACAAGAAAACAUCUACUAAAUAGUUAAAGAAUGAUGCAAUAUGCAAUGAUGAUGCAAAAAUAAAUGUCACAUAACAUAGUACUCUUUACUAUGAACCGUAUCAUACUCAACACAUUGUUUACUACCACGACAACAACACUGAUAAUUACAUUGCAAGACGAACCGAUUAUCCAAACGUUCGUGUUGCAAUGUAAUUAUCUUGGUUAGGUGGUUGUAAACAAUGUGUUGAGUAUGUGACAUUUAUGUUUGCAUACAUUAAAUCUAUUUGAUUAUUUUUUUGACUACUUAGCAGUUGUUUUUCUUGCUCCUCAUGAUUAGAAGAUCUGUUAAUAAGAUGAUAAUUUAUUCGUUCUUACUUUUGGAAAGUUAUAUAUAAAUGGAUAAUUUAAAAAUUGUGUUUAUAGUAAAUUAUCAUGCCGUUUAAUCUUUAGACUUAUGGUUAGUGCUUUGUGCGCGUACACAUCCCUUUAUUGGGGUUUAUUACUCCCCUUGUUCUUUUGUUAUAGUUUUUGUUAGUCCUGGCUUCCUUUGCCACCUUUCUCCAUUCUUUUCUAUUUUUGCAUUUGGCUUUCCAGUCUACUGGUCUACUGUUUCUAGGAUUCUGGUAUCUUCUUCAAUUUGAUUUCUCCAGGUAUUUCUUUGUCUACCUCUGCCUCUUGUGUUAUCCUCCUCACCAUUUCUGUAGGUCUACUUGCGAUGAAUUUCUUCCCACGCAAGAAUUUUGCCAUAAACCUCUUACAUUUGCAUCAGCUGUUUACUAUAUACCUUGUUAUUGAUAACUCGACCAUAUGGAAUCAUUUUGAAGUAUUCUAUCAUUAUCAUUAUGCUAUUCAAUCUCUUGGAUUAGAGCUGACACUUUGUGCACCUACACAUCCCUUUAUUGGGGUAGAUUACUCCCUUUGUUCUUUUUGUUGUAGUUUUUUGUUAGUCCUGGCUUCGUUUCUUAGUUUUUCCCAUUUUCGGUUUCUGCAUUUUGCUUUUCAGUUUACUAUUUCUAAGAUUCUUCAAUUUGGUUUCUUCAGUUAUUUUUUGCUUUGCUUCUACCUCUUGACCAUAGAAGUAUCCAUUUUAUCAUCCUCCUCACAAUUUCUGUAGGUUUAUUUCUUAUGGUGUGUCCUGUAUAAUUUAGUCUUUGUGCUUUUAAAUACUUUAUUAUAUUUUCUCCUCCCAGCUCUUCUUCUAUUUCUCUAUUGUCUUCUCUCUCCAUUUUCUGUAAUAUUGGUCAUUGGACAUUUGUUUCCAUGGCGUAUGCAAUCACUAGUCUUAUUAAUGUUUUAUGUGUUUUUCCUUUUUUCCUUUUUACUAAUAUUCUUGCAUUUGGGUGACUUUUUAUUUUUUUCCAAAUGUUCGAUAUUCUUUUUGAAUACGUGUAUACAGUUACAAAUACGUAUUUCUGUGUCCUUAGAUGGUCCAUUCGUCUUUUGUUUAGUUUUGCUAUCUUCAUGUAUUUGGUUUUAUCUUGGUUUAUAACUAUUAGGGCUGGAGAGAUCGAGUCGUCUUGUUUGACUCCUUUGUUGUUUAUUUCUAUUUCUUCAAUUAGUUUUUCCAUAUAUCUUACUUUGACUUUCAUGUUUUGUAAUAUAACUUUCAUUAAUAUCUUCAAUUAUCAAAUCAGGCAUAUACCUGACAAAUCAAAAUUUCAACAUCAUCACGUGAGAUAUAUAUUUAUGGUUUUUAUACAGUGUUUGUUAUGAAAUAUGAUCAUUGAAUAAACGUAAUAGUGGUGAUUGUGGCGAAUAAGGUUUUUCUAUAUAUCUCAAAACAGUAGACCAAAGAAACUGCCUUUAAUUAUUAUGUGUCAUAACGUAACUUAACGAGUGUAUUUUUUAGAUUUUAUUAAACUGUAGUUUAUAUAAUAAACGUGCCAUUAACUAAAGGAUGUUGAUAUUUCUAUUUAACUUUUUGUGUUGUUUGUAUUGGACGAUUCUUCAAAAAACAUUUUAUUUAUAGUAAUCUCAGGGAUAAUAUCAAAAUAUUAAUUUUGAGGAUCAAAGAUCAGUUUGAUGAUUCAUUUCAUACAGGAAUAUUACAUCCUUAACGUAUAAGUAUAAAGUGCCUUAUUUUGUAAAAAAUGAACGUAGUGCCAUUAAGUUUACUCGUUUAUAUACUUUAAUAUAUUUACUUUUCAUUUA